GGCAAACACCGACACCUAGUCAGUAACACGGAGUGCGAGGGGGGAAACAGGCGGCUCUCAAUGGGGAGGUCUCUGUGAAGCGCAGCCUACCUGUUGGAGCUCAUCGCGGGAGAGAGACCCACGCUGAUCGUGGAUCUGAGGGAAGCCCAGCUGCACUUGCAAAAGGGAUGAACAGCCCCAACAUGUCUCCAAAACUAUUGCUCUGCGCCGUUUUGGCUGUGUACCACGGGACGCAAACUUGCAGUGGAUUUAAUGUAGAUGCACGGUUUCCUGUGAUCAAAGAGGGGAAAACCAAAGGAAGCUUCUUUGGAUUCUCAGUUGCGCUGCAUCAACAGACGGAGGGCUCCAGCAAGUACCUGCUUCUUGCAGGAGCACCCAAAGAGAAAGCCAUAUCUCUACCAAAUGUGAAUGAAACAGGUGCCGUCUACUCCUGUCCCAUGACUACAGACACCUCUGACUGCUCCAGAAUGGACCUGGUCAGCACAAAGAACCCAUCUGAGAUGGUGGAGGGCAUGUGGCUGGGUGUGACAGUGGCCAGUCAGAGAAACCUUCCGGCAGGGCGUGUGCUGGCAUGCGGGCAUCGCUAUGUGAAGAUCCUCAAAGGUGGCACGGAGGAGCAGUGGCAUAUGAUAGGAAAGUGCUAUGUCAGAGGUAACGACCUGACCUUUGACCCCAACGACGAAUGGCAGACUUUCAGUUAUGAGGUCUGCAACCCCAACUUCGGCAUGGAGCUUGAGGGCAUGUGCAACAUGGGCAUCUCAGGCGGUAUGACAGACACAGACGUCUACAUUGGCACUACAGGCAGCUACAUGUGGAAAGGGAACGUUCAUGUAACAUGGAGAAAUCCAGAUCCAGGGUAUUCUUGGGACUCUGUAGACAAAGACUUUGGACAGCUGAAUACACGAUACAGUUAUAUGGGUUAUUCAGUUCUCGAAGAGAAAAAGCUGCUGAGCCACAACGUUUAUACAGUGGUGGCAGGGUCUCCCAGGGACGAGUCCAAGGGCUCUGUGAUGUUAGGGACAAAGACUGACAAAAACAUCGUGCCAACGCUCAUCAUCCCUGGGGAACAAGUGGGCUCGUACUUUGGGAGCAGCCUGGCUGUCACUGACCUCAACAAUGACAACUGGAAUGACCUGAUCGUGGGCGCCCCAUUUUACUUUGACCGCAUGAAUGAUAAGGGAGGAGCAGUGUAUAUCUUCAUGAAUGAGAAUGGAUCUUUCCAAAAGACAGCCAGCGUGGUGCUGAAGGGUAAAACAGACUCUGCAUUUGGCUUUGCAGUGGCUGCCAUUGGGGAUAUCAAUCAAGACGGAUUCCAAGACUUUGCCGUGGGAGCUCCAUUCCAUGAAACAGGAGAGGUCUACAUAUGGAUGGGACAUAAAGAUAAAAUCUCACAGGACCCCAGUCAGGUGAUUAAGGGUGAGUCAGUGGGAAAUGGAGGAUUCAAGACCUUUGGCUACUCCAUCAAUGGAGGGAUGGACAUGGAUGACAACAAUUACCCUGACAUCUUAGUCGGCUCUCUGGACGACCGCAUAGCCCUGCUCAGGGCUCGACCAGUCGUCCACUUAAGUGCAAACUUCACUGUCAAGCCAGACAUUGUGGACACUAAUCAGUGCGGAAAUACACCAUGCAUUACAGCAACUGUGUGUAUGUCUUUCAUACUAAGCAAUGGAAACAAAGACUUCAAGAAAAAUAUCACGGUGAAGUACACAGUGGAGGCUGACGUGGAGAGGAGAAGCCCUCGUGUUCGUUUUCAGGACAAUAAUGACGAUAAAUAUACCAGUUUACUGAACCUGCCAUCUUCCAAAUCCCAGUGUCAUACUCUGAAACUGACUGCAGUGGAGCCUGUGAGAGACAAACUGGAGCCAGUUGUCUUUUUCCUCAACAUGUCCUUACAUGAACAAAAACCUAAAUCCAGACGUUCCCUGCAAAACCUGGACUCCUUCCCAAUUCUCAGCCAGAAGCAGGAACUCUCUCGAGAAGCUGAGAUUCAAUUUCAGAAGGCGUGUGGCUCAGACAACAAAUGUAGCAGUAAUCUGCAGGUGACAGCGCAGUUUGCUGACGAAGAGGAGAAGCCUUACCCUAGGCAGGGCAAAUUCCAGGUACUUCAGUUCAACAGCAAUAUGAAGAAAAUAAAUCUGAUGGUGGAGGUCACCAACUUUCCUGGUCAGGGGAAGCUGGCUGAAGACGCCCACCAGGCCAUGCUCAACAUCACCAUCCCUGACGCACUGAGCUACUCCAGCGUCAGGUCGGAGGACCACGAUGUACAAUGCACUUUUGACGACGCAGUGAUUUGUGAGCUGGGGAAUCCACUUAAAGGCAACACAAAGGUGUCACUCGUCCUCAAGUUUGAGACAUCAGGAAUCAAUUUGCAGACACAAGAGAUUGAGUCCCAGCUGCUUCUGUCCACUCUUAGUGAGCAGAGUGACCUGAUGCCUGUGCCUGUGGCCCUGCUGAUUGAAAACACCAUCCUCCCUUCCUUCUCCAUAGCGAAUGCGGUGGUGCAAACAAAAUUCGGUGGGACAGUGAUGGGCGAGUCAGCCAUGGUCAACACCAGUGACGUGGGCAGUCUGGUGGAGUUCACCUUCAAUGUAAACAUGAGGGGGCAGCCCCUGGGAAACCUGGGGACACUGGCUGUGGAGUUCGAGUGGCCCUUUGAGGUAGCCAACGGCAAGUGGCUGCUGUACCUGACGAAGAUUGUUGUUAUAGGGGAAUCGGAGAUGGAAUGUAAACCUCCUGGAGAAGUUGUCAACUUGCUUCGCCUAAUUUUGUCAGAGAACGAACGAAAGCGAACAAAACGGCAGAUUGUGGUGGAUGAUGUUGAUGAUGCGACUCAGCCACAUAUUAUUGAGCCACAGGCAGCCAUCACACUGCUCACUCCUCGCAAAGAGACGUACCUGCUGGAAUGCUCCAAGGGGACAGCGAGGUGCGUGACAUUUACCUGUCCACUGCUCAACAUGACGGAUUCAGCCGAGAUUUAUGUGCGGUCCCGUUUGUGGAACAGCACAAUGCUAGAGGACUAUGCCAAUGCUCUGAGAAUCACAGUCAGAGGUCAAGCCACACUGAAGCUCAUUGCAGAUAAACCAAGCAUCAGGAUGGACAGUCAGACCAAUAUGUUCACAGUAGAAAUAGAGCCAGUGGAGGGUGUGGAGGUGCCCUAUGAGCUGCCGUUGUGGAUCAUCAUCUCUGCAGCUGUAGCAGGAAUUCUACUACUGGGAAUAAUCAUUAUUAUACUAUGGAAGUGUGGCUUCUUCCAGAGGGCCAGCAGGAGGGAGAUGUAUGAGGCCAAAGCCCAGAAGGCUGAGAUGAAGAUCCAGCCCUCUGAGACAGAGAGGCUGACUGAGGACUACUGAGGGCCCUCAUGGGUCCCCCAACAGCACACACCAGUGGGGCUUUUGGCUUGGAUUCUUCAAGCGAGCCAUCUACUACCGGAUAAUGCCAAAGCACCAGGGGGUAAAAAUUCGCAAGGCUGAGCGCUAUCAGUUCAAUCUGGGAUUUCAGCCUGAGGAGCCACAGAAAAAGUACUGGAUAACCAGCUGGACAGAGAUGCAGCAUUACUACUACUGAGGCUUUUACAUUGGACCCUGAACCACUCACCGUCACACUGGUUUUACACAGGCCAAAUAAAGAACGGUGGCUGCGUCAGGCCACAUGGACUUCUGCAGUGCAUGGACCAAUUGCAGAUUGCGCAUUAUAUUUUUUAUCUUAUUUUAUUUUUUACUUCAGUAGAUUUUUUUCAGUGCAAUAUACUGAACAUUUUGUUUCAGAGAUUGUAAUUUUGUUAAGUAUUUUUGAUGACUGCAGAGUUGUACAUUGGAAUCGGGGUUGCAUUCAUGAGUAAAUUGUUAAUUGUUUUAAUUAUGCAGGUUUAUAUGUACUGAACUUGGUGUUUGUAUGUAUGUUUCCAGUUCUUUUUUUACUUUUUAAAUCCUUUGAGCAAAGUUGCUGCUCAUUCAUUGUGUUAUUUUCCGCCAUGUCUGUUUUCCUCUCUAAUCAGAGGAACGAGUCCAUUGAUUUUCUCUGUGAUUGUGUAUGUCUGUCCCCAGGCAUCACUUUGUGGUCAGUGGUUGUAGUCUGUGUAAGGGUUUCAAACCUACAACAGUCAUUUUGGAGAUCAUUUUCAAACUGCACUUAGGAUAAGAUGACCAGCGUCCACUCUGUUAUGGGUGAGCAAGCGUCUUUAUGUGAAUGUCCAUGUCGGUGUUUGGCAAGCAUUACGUAGCCUAGCAUCUCAAAUGCAGUCAUGGUUGUGGCACUGGUGUCAUAUGUAAAAAGUGACUUUGUAUUUUUCAGGCUAUGUAGAAAAAUUAUAUAGAGGGAAUAAAUACAAACGCAGAAAAAUUGCCACUCAUUGGUGAAUAAUACAUUUUAUAGGCCAGUUGGAGAUGUUUUUAAUCACCUGCAUUAAAUUCCACGGGAAGAAUUGUCUAAUCAGCCCUGCAACACAAUGAAAAGCAAUAGCUUCUUGUCUGUAUGUAGAAUUAGCCAAUAUGUGUUGAUGAGAUGAUGGGAGCACACUUGAUUAUUAUUUAUUACACUGUCUUGUGUUAUUACAGUAAAGAACCUAUCUGGGUAUGUUUAAAAAAUAUCACAUACAGGGAGUCAUGACACUGGUUAUAAUAAUAAAUGAUGUUAUAUUUAUGUCUGGAGACUGUAAGCUCUAGCAUAGAUAGUCGUAUAUUGUAUAAAGAGUUAGGUUGGAUCGACUAUUUGAAUGAAUGUGUUCAUCAUUGGCCUUUGUUGUUUACUGUCCCUGAGCUUUGUAUUUUUGUAAAAGACAGUAAGCACACACUUGGAUUGUUUCCAAGCCAUUGUGGCCCCCAUUGAGGUCAAACUGCAGCACUGAACAUAGACUGGACCUAGAGAAAACACUUAUUGAGCGGUCUCUUAUGGGAUCUUAAGUGUUGCGUUACCGAUCUAGUCCAUGUUACCUGAGAGCCCCUCUGUAGCAGCCACAGCCAGAGUCACAGGCUGUGACUGUGGCUACUACAGAGGCUCCAUUGACUUAGUGGGUAAAGAGGGAAGGGCUGAAACCAAUGCACAAACUCUGUUCUUUGUGGUGGUGUUGUUCUUAACUGUGCAGUUUGAUUGUGAUGUGAUUAAAUUGUUUUUAACAAUC